AUGGCAGGGUAUUCCGUAACUACCUCAUCAGAUCGUGUCUUACCAGUUGGCCAGUUGGACGAUAUUAUGGAAGAGAUAAAUAUGACAGCCUAUUGGAAAGCUGUACUUCCGAAAGAUAUUCAACAAACUAAAGACCUAGAGAAACUCCCUGUUCACCUUCUCGGCGAUACGGUAUUGCAGCAAUUGGAUCGUUUCCUUAGGACGCUAAAAAGACAAGAACUAAUCGAUUAUAUCGAUUUUAAGAUAGCUGAAGAUAUGAUUAAUUAUUUGACAAGUGACAUCAGCGAUUUGCAGCAGUCUUUCCAAACUGAUGUUUACGGUGCUGCCCAAGAUGACCAUCCACAAAUGGAUACGGUAACUGUACUGACUUGUAUCGAGGAAUCUGUGAAGAUAUUUGAUGAGGUGGCAAGUGCUAUGUAUAUAGAAAGAUUUUUCCAACAAUCAACUCUUGAUGAAGUUAGCGCAAUUGCCAACAACGUUCGCGCCUCUUUUCUCAAAAUGCUAGACUCCGAUUCUUGGAUUGAUGCAAAUACGCGAGAACAAGCUAAGCGAAAGGCGACGGCCAUGAAAAAAUAUGUCGGCUUCAACCCGCAAAUAUUCAAUCAAACUAGGGUCACUCAGACCUAUGCUGAGCUUUAUUUCCGUCCAAACUCGUCGAGCUACAAAAUCGAGAGUGAACUCGCGAAAUUCAUCGUCAAUUCAAACUACAAGACGUUGCUCGAAGAAAACGGUGCCGAGGGCUUUGACUUUUUGGUCAGCACUGUCAAUGCUUAUUAUUCCCCGAAUUAUAAUACGAUUGCUAUACUUGCUGGUAUUCUCCAAGCUCCAUUUUUCAAUAUCAGCCAAUCCAGAGCUCAAAAUUACGGUGCCAUCGGCACGAUUGUCGGCCACGAAAUGACACAUGGCUCAAAAUUCGACGCCCAGGGCAAUAAAUACAACUGGUGGGAUAAGGGAACCCUCGCGAAUUUCAAUACAAAAUCCGAAUGCUUUAUCGAGGAAUAUGGAAAGCAAAAAGUGGAGGGAUUGAAUUUGAAGGUGAACGGGUUGAAAACGUUGGGGGAGAAUAUUGCAGAUAAUGGCGGUUUUCGAGCAGCUUUCCUAGCUUUUCAGGAAUUAAUCUCAAAAGGCCAGGCAGGAAAUCGACCAUCAGCUGCCAGUCUCCAAAAAUAUACCCCAACCCAAAUAUUCUUCAUGGGAUUUGCAUUUAAUUGGUGUGGAUCCAGUAGACCAGAAUAUUUAUUCGCUGAGACCCCAGGAGAUGUCCAUAGUCCAAAUCGGAAUCGGGUCAACACCGUCUUGUCGAAUCAGCCGGAAUUCGCAGCAAAUUUUAAUUGUCCGCCAACUUCGCCAAUGGUCGCCAAACAAAAAUGUCAAGUGUGG